ACGCCGGGCUUCCUCGACACGGCUCGUCUCGAGCGGGAAACCGCGGCCGAAGUGAGAAAGUGCAUCAAGUUUUGCAUGCCGGGCCCCCACGUCAUCCUGCAGGUGAUCCGCCCAGUCCGCUUCACCAAGGAGGAGGAGGAGGUGGCGCGCUUGAUCAAGGAGAUCUUCAGCUUGAAGGCCAAGGAUUACAUGAUCAUCCUCUUCACCCGCAAGGAGGACCUGGAGGGCAAAACCCUGGAGGAGUUCAUCGCCAAAGGCAACGCGGGCCUGAAGGAGCAGGUGUACCGCUGCGGCAACCGCUUCCUGGCCUUUAACAACAAGGCCGAAGGCGCAGAGCGCGAAGCUCAGGUGAGCCAGCUGAUGGCCAUGAUUGACGCGCUGGUGCAGAAGAACCGCGCGGCCCCGUGUUACACGGAGGAGAUGAUGAAGGCUGACAAGGAGCACUUGGCCAAAAAACGGGACUACUCCUGGCUGUGUCCUUUGCUUUGAGGGGGACGGUGGUGAAACGCUCGGGGCCCAGCUUCCAGGCGCCGCGACGGCAACUCCACGGAUCGUCUUUGUCUCGGCUCGGCCCGCUUCAGCUUUCCGCUUCCCCCUCCGGAACUCCCCCCCCCC